GGUACUGACGGUACAUUCAUCCCUAAUAUGAUGUAUUUAUACAAUGAUUUACUUUUCGUGAUGUUUGGAUGGUUAGCGGGACGUAUGUCAUAGUGCCAUUGCAUCUAGUAUGGUAUUAUCAUGAAAGGAUUCUCAUCUCGUGCACCGCCAUAAGUGGCUCCAAAACAAAAUACUACGCUGAAUUGACCUUGUUGCCGAAAAUCCUAAAUAGCUGAACAAAUAUAAGCAAUUCAAGUAAGUUUAACAAGUUAAGUAUUCUUCACACUUUGUUGUCAUCACUCUUUUGCUCUCCUACCCUCCCUCGAAGUGUAGUACACACUAUGCGGGUACUUCAAAAUGUUUAUUUGCAAUUAAUUUUGCUUGCGUUUGCAAGUUUAGUCCAUUCAUUUCGAUUCACGAACAAUGCCUUCAAUCCUGUGUUAGGACAACGGUUCACAAUCACCUGGGUUGAUUCAACGGGUUCUGUAAAUCUUCAUUUAGUCCCAAUUCAAUAUUAUAAUGAAAGUAUUCCGCUUGCCAGUGCAGAAUCAAUAGGAGGUGUGUUUUAGGUCGACAGAUUAAGACCUUCUUCGUAGGAGAGACUGACAGUAGGAAUGACAGUUGCAACAACGGGGAAUUCAUUACCUUGGGCUCCUGAUAAUUCGCUUCACGCAGGAUUUUAUAAAAUAUCUUGGGUUUCUUCAGACAAUACCCAAUCUGUGGACAGUCCCACAUUCACCCUCGGUCAAUUUACUUCGAACUCUACUGCCAGCACAAGUAACGCAAACAAAACCCAACCUAGCUCCAGCGAUUCAAGCAAAACUAGCUCAACGACAGGAACAUCAAACCCAACGACUACGAAAGGAGAAGCAAUCCCAUCUUCGAUUUCAACGAUGAACACCCCAUCAGAAACAAAUCAAACCAACUCCCUCACAAACACAAUCAAAAUCAUCAUCGCCAUUAGUAUAACUCUCGGCCUAACACUCCUCAUAAUCAUAACCUUCAUGCUUAUCCGGCAUCUGCGCCAUCUAUCCUCCAUCCCUCGAACCAAAAGACAACUCACAACCAGAGAACUCGCCGAUGACAUCGACAAAGAUUCAUGGUACGAAGAACAUCAAUUGAAAUCCGAAUUAUCUAAUGAUUCGAAAACUGAUACGAGUUCUUAUUGUGAAUUGAUGAAGAAGAAACAUAUUAGUGUUAAUAUGGAACCUGUGGAAAUGGAAGCGUUUUUUGUUAGGAAAGAAGUUAAUGAUGGUGAAAAUCAUGAUAGAGGGGAUGUUAAAAAUAUGAAUGAAAUGGAAUUGGGAUUCGGAUUGGGAUUGGGAAAUGUAGAUGAGCUUGUUGAGCCUAGGGAGUUGGAUGCUGGGACUAUAUUGGGUAAAGGCGUGAUUGGUCGUCGAUUUAAUGUACGUGAUAAUGUUCAUAUUGUUGGUUUAUAAAUCUAGUAAUGAUGUAUAUCCAUAUGACCGGCUCGUAUGGUUCUGUCAUCAAUUCCUUAUGUCAAAUCUCAUGGAGUCUGUUGGUUGGGCAAGUAUAGGCCAAACCUUUUUUAUAUUUGUUGAAAGUGAAUUUCUAUUAUAAGAUUAUAUGUAAUUAUUCUAUAUGAAAUUAUACUAGUAUAAAGAUAUAUUGUAAUACUAAUAUAAAAAUAUCAAAACUAACAUAUAGCUUUAAUGUUCUUUUUACAAU